GCACCGCCACGUCUCCAUGAGCCUCACCCGCGGUAUCGGCGUGGACCAGCACCUGUGGCACUUUCUCUCAAAUACCUACACCAGGUGGCUGCCAGCGACGGGCGUCGAGGAGAUGUACACCUCAGCUCUUGUUGGCGCCCUCGAGGCUAUCGAGAGCGGCGUGACCACAAUCAUGGACACCUGCGAGUCCUUCCACUCGGCAGAGCAUGCUGAGUCGGAGCUUCAGGGUCUCAAGGAUUCUGGGAUCCGGGCCUUCUUCUGCUAUGGCAUGAGCGGCGAUCAGUAUGGCGACGUGCCGGCGGGCAGAUCAGGCUGGGAAGCACGCCUGAAGCACGUGGGAAAGAUGGCCGGGGAAGACUCUGGGGAAGGGCUCGUCCGUGUGGCGUUGCAGCUCAGCCAGUCCGGUACCACGCCCUUCACUUGGAUGGGUGACGAAGUGAAGCUCGCUCAGGACAAGGGUCUCCUCUGCUGCUCCCACUCAAGCGCCGUACCCGCCUCCAAUCUGACAAGCGACUUGGAGGUCAGGGCGGAUAUGGGGUACAUGCACCCCGGACACGUAUAUAUCCACUGCACAAACCUGUCCGACCAUGAGAUGAGCCUCAUCUCCGAGACGGGUGGCAAGAUUGUGCUCUCGCCUGACACAGAUAUACAAAUGGGCAUGGGCUUUCCUCCCCUGAGGCUGGCUCUCGCCCACGGUCUGGAUCCAGCACUGAGCAUCGACACGUCGAGCGCUGUCCCACCAGAUCUUCUGUCCCAGAUGCGACUGCAGCUGCAAUCGCAACGCGGGCUGGAUCACCGCGCAGAACACCUCAACCAGCGAGUCUCUUUGAAGAUGGACUUUGGCGUUCGGGAUGCUCUGGUAUGGGGCACGCGAAAUGGGGCCGAGGCCGUCGGUCUCGGGGACAAGAUUGGUACACUAACACCCGGCAAGCGAGCUGACAUAGUCGUCAUCACGAACAAACGCGCGCUCAGUGGAUCAGCGAAUCCUUUGGGGACUGCUGUGCUUCACUCUACUUCUGCGGAUGUCGACUUGGUCAUGGUGGACGGAAAGAUCUUGAAGCGAGACGGUAAUUUGGUUGGCGUUGAUGUUGACUCGAUUCGUGCCAAGUCGAGAGAAGGGUUGCGUCGGAUUCAGGCGAAUUUGAGGGGUAUGCGUCCGGAGAUGAGCCCGGAGGAAAUUCGAAAAUUUUUCUUGCAAGGAGAAAAAGCUCAUCGUGCCAACGUUGCGAACGCCUACGCUCAGGGAACCCAGGUUGCGGAUUAUCUUCGACCUGCGUGAAGUUGAUAUUGAGAGCGAGUAGAGGGGAAAGAAUGAAAACAUGAAGAGAGUGUUUGCAGAAAAUUAAAUCUACCAUAGAG